AUUCGAGUGUGUCACGUCUUUUGAAAUAUUGGCGAAAAAAAAAAGAAAAAUCAAAGCUGUUGUCUGAUUUACGAAUCUCCAUGUAUCAUAUUUUCAAAUUGUCAAUGUCAUUGAGUUAACUAGCACAGUUAUUUAUUCGAAAUUACAAAUGCUGCUGCAAUUAUUUUUUGGUCACACAAUUAUAUACGGCAGAAUAGAAUGUUCUAGAAUAAUGAAAUUAUUCAGCUACUCAAAUAUACUGCAGCUGAAUUUCACAAAAAACUGUCAUCAUUGAAAAAUUCACAAUAUGAUUGAAGAUACCGUGAUUGGAAAAGAUACCAUACCGAGUCACUAGAAAAUAUGAAAAAUGCCAAGCAAUAUCAUGGCUAAUCCACCAAAAAGACGUUGUUUGGACAUACAUGUUGAUUCGGUAACAAAAUACGUUGCGUCAAUACAACACAAAGAUAUGUUCUGCUGGGGUAGCACAGUCCAUGGUGAACUCGGCCUGGGUGGUAUCGAAGAUGAAUUCAUCUUGACACCUAGAGAAGUCUGUUUUGAAAAAGCCACACAAAUCAAUCAAAUUGCGUGUGGUGAUAAUUAUACCGUCAUUGUAACCAGAGAUGGCCAGAUAUAUUCCUGUGGCAAUAACGAUUAUGGUCAACUCGGUCAUGAAAAGCCGAGAAAAAGGUUGCAACUGAUUCCUGGCCUGGAGGCAUUUGUAUUCAAAAGAGUUGCAUGUGGAUCUAGUCAUACAGUAGCCAUCAACGAAUGGGGCCAGUUAUUCAGUUGGGGUUGUAAUACGGAUGGUCAACUAGGUUUCAUUUCACCAAAUGGGUCGGAGCCGUCACCUCGAAUGGUAAAAGCCUUAGGCACAAGUGUUAUUAUUCAAAUUGCUUGUGGAUUGAGCCACGUUGUAGCGCUCACAAAUAAUGGUGAGAUUUAUGCGUGGGGUUCAAACAAUGAAGGGCAAUUAGGAUUCGGACAGGAACUGUUGGCGUCGAACAAGCCGUUACUCGUGAACAGUUUGGUCUCUAUACCGAUAGCGUUCAUAGCCUGUGGAGGUUAUCACACCAUAGCCGUUUCAAAAUCAGGGGCUGUUUACGGGUGGGGAAGAAACACUUUCAGUCAAUUGGGUAUCAGUGGCACGGGUAGCAUUUAUUUGCCGUGCCAAUUGAGAACUUUGAGACGUGCAAAAGUUUGUUAUGUUUCAUGUGGUGAAAAUUUCUCAGCCUUUCUUACUGUGGAUGGCGGAGUGUUUACCUGUGGUGCGGGAAUGUACGGACAGUUAGGACACGGGAGCAUCGCAAAUGAGAUGUUGCCUCGUCAAAUUGUCGAACUCAUGGGAAGCGUUGUUACUCAAAUAUCGUGUGGAAAAAGACACAUGCUAGCGGUUGUUUCGUCACGUGGAAGAGUUUACGCUUGGGGCUUAGGUGGAGCCGGACAACUGGGAACCCGCGUAACACAGAGUGUAACAACACCACAAGUCGUACUAGGACCAUGGGUAUCACCAAAUGGAUCAGCUUUAUGCAAAGUAGAUAAUCCAAUGAGCGAAUACAGUGUUGACUGCGUUAUAAAGCGGGUAUCUACUGGGAGCGAUCACUGUUUCGCGACUGUAACCCAAAGAAAGGACAAUAUUCCGCCAGACGAUUUCAGAGUCACUGACCCUGAAUCACAAAUAUUAACGGUGACGAAAGAUCGAAUUUCAGUUUGUCUAGGAAUACCAAUGGGAGCACCCGUCGAUCAUGAUCUCAUGACAUAUCUUGAGACUGUCUUUAGAAGUCAAGCAUGCAUGAAUGCAUCGUUUUUGAUCGAAAAUGAUGCACAUUACACCUGUUCGAGUAAACAUCAUGGAGUUGAUACAAAUAAAGUCAUUGAAAUUUAUGGAACGAUUUCGGAAUUUGUUAACACGACCAUUAAUGAACUGAUAUAUACGAGUAUAACCGAAGGUCUUAUACCAUCGCUCCGUUCAUCACCUCCGGAUGUAGAAUGUCUGAGGAUUUAUUUGACCUUGCCCAUGUACUCCGCAUUUACCGAGCCCGAAAAUCAUAGAAACCUACAAACGCCAUUUGCCAAAGCUGUUUUACUGCUCAAAUCGGAAGCUCAAAAAAUCGUUGGUUCCUGGUGGUCAAAAGCUCCUGUACAAAUAUUCGAGCGUCUCGUACGCGUAUACAAAUUACUAGUUCUCUAUUUCAUCAAAGAAUCAAAAAACAAAGAACAUCAGCAACCGGUGACGAAAAACGUGGAGCUGAAAUUUGCCUUAGAUCUGCUACACUUUAUAAAUAAACUAAAUCAAUCCGCCGAUGAUGGCUUACGCGUUCCUUACGGGACGUUUCAUUUGCCAGAAUUGAGAGAAUUCAUAGAGGUCAAUACCGACUAUGUUGAAUGGUUGAUGGAUAAAAAUUCACAAACGCACCAAAAAAUCUACUUUUGCCACUAUCCAUUUUUGUUCGACGCGCUGGCCAAAACAAUUCUUUUGGAAACCGAUCAAGCCAUUCAGAUGCACUCUGCGAUGAGUGAAGCUGCCACGAGAGCUUUGACGCAUAUGUUAUUUGCACCCUAUCCAAGUGGUUCAGUUGAUGCUCGACACGGACAAUUUAUAACCUUUAAUGUUUCACGGGAAAAUUUGGUUGCCGAUACAUUAGCUCAAUUGUCACUGUACGAAUCGAGUGACCUGAAAAAACCACUCCGAGUCAAAUUCCACGGCGAAGAAGCCGAAGAUGCCGGUGGAGUUAAAAAAGAAUUUUUCCUGUUGUUGCUUAAAGAAAUUCUCGACCCUAAAUAUGGAAUGUUUAAACAAUAUGAAGAAACUCGUACUAUUUGGUUCAGCGAAGAAUCUUUGGAAGAAAAAGUUAUGUACUUACUUAUUGGAGUUUUGUGCGGAUUGGCUAUUUACAAUUUCAUCAUAAUCGACCUUCCAUUUCCACUGGUAUUAUACAAAAAAUUAUUGAAUGAACCGGUCGGACUUUCCGACGUGAAGGAUAUAUCGCCAACUAUCGCGAGGAGCUUGCAAAGCCUUGUCGAUUACCAGAAACCGGAUUUGGAAGAGGUGUUUUGUUUAAAUUUCGAGAUUUCGAGAGAAGUAUUUGGCGAACAUGUUGUUCACGAAUUGGUUCCGGGUGGCAGUAAAAUUCCAGUCACACAAAGCAACAAAAUGGAAUUUAUUAAUUUGUACGUCGAUCACAUGCUUAAUAAAUCUGUAGAGCCGCAUUUUCAAGCAUUUUACGAGGGCUUCCACAAAGUGUGCGGUGGCCGCGUUCUCGAGUUAUUUCACAGUCACGAAUUGAUGGCGGUAGUGGUUGGCAACGAGAAUUAUGAUUGGAACGAAUUGGAAAAAAGCACCACCUACAAGAAUGGUUAUUCGAAAGACGAUCCAACAAUAGUGCUUUUUUGGCAAAUCUUCCAUGAACUUUCGCUCGAAGAGAAAAAAAAGUUUCUGCUAUUCUUAACGGGUAGCGAUAGAAUACCUAUACAAGGCAUGACAGCGAUCAAGAUAACGAUUCAGCCGAUGACGGACGAGCGUUUCUUGCCAGUUGCUCAUACAUGUUUUAACCUGUUGGAUUUGCCCCGCUACAAGACUCGUGAAAAGCUUCGUUACAAAUUGCUCCAGGCGAUUCAGCAGACUCAAGGAUUUUCGCUGGUUUAGCAUUGAAAAUUCGAAAAAAAUAUGUGGCAAAUAAAAGAAAUCAAAGAUUACAUAAAAUGUCGAUCAGGGAACCUCAGAUCGUACGCGGAUUAGCCAUACGCAGGAGAUUUGAAAAAACAACGACAAUAGGAUUAUUGAACACGGGAAAAAACAAUCUCGAUACUCUUUGCAUCCUCCGAGGCUGUUUCCCCAUACGCAAGAUUCGGACACCUAGUCGGACAAUCGCAUAUUUCACGGUUGCUUUCGAACGUCGCUUGUAAUACAUCAAGUCAGAUCGUAUCUCAUUGAAGCCUGUAAAGAUACGAAAAAACUUAUUUUUUUAACAGAUUUUUAUGAAACUCACAAAACUUUGGGGUAGAAUUGCAACUGUCAAUAGCAUUGACAAACAUUGAAUCCCGGCUUAUUUUUCGACCAUAUUUUCCGUCUUGUUUUUUUUUUUUUUUUUUUUUCGUUUGGAACCGUACGCAACGAAAUUUUUUGUGUUUCACAAAGCGUGUGUGCCUUGACUUAAUAUUCAUUAUCGAGAUAGGAAAGAGGAGUAAUCAAAUUCCAUAACGUACAUUCUAACCGAGUCAGCAUUUACUAAACCUCAUGACCAUUGUUCAAAGAAAAAAAUAUAUUAUAAUAUAUCUAUUGAUACAAAUAUGUAUAUUUAUUAUUUUGCUACUAUCAAAAAGUUGUUGCAUAGGUGAUAUUUUAGAUACAUUGUCGGCUCGACAAACUUCACGUUACGCAAGUGAUAACGGAAUAAAUAAAAAAAAGGCUAGAUAAAUGGGGACAAUUGUUUCAAAAUGGGGCUUCACCUCAAAAUAUAAUCGUGAUCUCACAUGCUUUAUGCACGUUUGUCAAUAUCUCGUUUGAGGACACUUCAUCCUUGCCAAAAUUUUGAACAAUUAUACUUAACACCACAAUCGCUCAGAAUAUGGCUCACCCUGAAACUUUGACGCAAUAUGAUGGUUCUUUUUGUCAUCCGAAUCUUCCUAAUAGAAGUUUGGUAUUUUACAUCCCGUGCAGUCCGUAGGAUAAAAUUAUAUAGAAACGUUCCCCAUAUUCACUGUUAGGACAAGCAAUUGGUAGAUUGCAUUUACACGUAGAGCUCACAGUAACUUGCAGUGAAUAUCGGAAUAGAGCCUACAAUAUCGGUAAUUAACUCGAAAUUUUCUCUGCUUUUGCUAAGGGACGAAAAAAUAUUCUUGAAUAGUAUGUCGAAAAAUGAUUGGUGAAUCUGCCGAUAUUAACCGGAUAAUCGCUAUUCAGUGGGUCCCUCGAAACGCAAUGUUAAACACCGAACAAUUAUUAGUUGAAAUUCGGGUAACAAAGAUAAUCCGCCGAACUCCCCCUACGACUAUGGAAACUGAAUAGGUAUUUCCAAACUGUGAGGGUAUCACAUUACGGUCGUACAAGAUGAAUGAAAGAAAAAUGUUAGCGAGCGUGAAAUUGAGAUUGAAAUGCUAAAUAAUCCAUAAAUUUUCGAGGUAAGGAAUUAAAAAAUACACGAAAAAAAAGGGAACCAUGACAAAUGUUUGAAAAUUCGCUGUUUGAUUGUUAGACGUGUAACUGAACUACAAUUACAUUUUUGUAUUGUUGUGAUAAUUUACAAUUUUGAUUGAAUGUAUUUGUUGGAUUUGUCAGGAAUUUUUAGAAUCAAUAAAGAGGUUGUUGAAUCGCG